AUAAAAAGAAAAUAAUAAAUACAUAAAAAACGAGAACUAAGAGUUAAAACACAACGUGGAGCUUCGGACAUUUUGAGAGUCUCAACACAGCCGGCCACUAAGCUUUAGGACUGUUCAGUAGGUGUGUUGUUUAGGGGCUAAUAUGAGCUUCGCUGCACCAUCCCUUGGUUCUAUUGGUGGUAAAUCUGCUGCCAGAGCAUUUGAGUUUGGAAGAACCUAUGUAGUCAGGCCUAAAGGUAAACACCAAGCAACUGUAGUUUGGUUGCAUGGUCUCGGAGAUAAUGGCUCCAGUUGGUCCCAGCUAUUAGAGACCCUUCCUCUUCCAAACAUUAAAUGGAUAUGUCCAACUGCUCCUACUCGACCAAUGUCUUUAUUUGGUGGCUUUCCUUCUACUGCUUGGUUUGAUGUGGAAGAGCUAUCUGAAGCAGCUCCUGAUGAUCUAGAAGGUUUGGAUGCUUCAGCUGCACAUGUUGCCAAUUUGUUGUCCACAGAACCUGCAGACAUUAAGCUAUGUGUUGGAGGGUUUAGCAUGGGAGCAGCUACUGCGCUUUACUCUGCAUCCUGCUUUACUGCCGGAAAGUAUGGGAAUGGCAAUGCUUAUCCAGCCAACCUAAGUGCAGCUGUUGGUUUGAGUGGCUGGCUUCCAUGUGCAAAGACCUUGAGUAACAAGUUACAAGGGGUAGAUGACGCCACGAGGCGUGCUCAUUCCUUUCCCAUUUUAAUGUGUCAUGGAAAAGGAGAUGACGUGGUUCCAUAUAAGUUUGGUGAGAAAUCAUCCAAGUGCUUAAGUUCUAAUGGAUUUCAGGAUGCAACUUUUAAAGCUUAUAAUGGGCUUGGCCACUACACAAUUCCAGAAGAGAUGGACGAUGUUUGUGCUUGGCUAACAUCAAAAUUAGGCCUUGAUGGCAAUGUUGCCUAGUUAGCAUUAGCAAGAUAAGAACCAAAAUGUGAAAAAAAGGAUUCUUGUCCUUUUUUCCUUUUAUUAUAACUUAAUAUUAGUCGUGUAUUUGUGGUCGAGUGUCUUUAGAGUAUUGGGAAAGAAAACAAAAAAUGAGAAGUGUUUAUCGGAAAAUACAGUUUUUAAGUUAACAAUGCUUUGCAUAUUGUAUUUUGAUAUUACUAUUAUUUUUUAUAAUUGCAGCUUUGGUUCUCCUAUAUUAAAA